AUGGAACCUCAGCUGCCAUCUACCAUACAAGAGGCAGAAGCCUUAGUACUGGCUCUCUAUGAACCGUCUCCUCCUGAGACCAUUGCGCGCAUCCAAGAGACGCUUCAUCGCAUGCAAAGAUCCCCUUCCGGCUGGUGGAUCGCCCGUGAUCUCUUGGGCUAUGCAGACGACAAGGUCAAGUUCUUCGGUGCCCUCACCCUGAUUGUCAAGCUUAACACCGAAAGGUUCUCCUCACUGUCAAAGGAAGAUGCAUCAGAAUUGCUACAAAAUCUCAUAGGCUGGUUUGUUAGGUCUCUGGACGACGGCUCCGGAGCCAUGGUCGUUAGGAAGCUAUCCGCAGCUUUGUCGUGGGUUUGGUUCUCUCAGAGGGUUUCAGCGCACAACGACGAGCUUGUCCACGCUCUUCGGGCCCUGGUUCAGCCUACGAUCACAGCUUUGUGCGAUAACGAAUUGUACGAGGUGGCCGUGGAGUUGCUCUCCGAAAUUCUGUCAAACUACUCGGGCUUCUUGACAGAUGAACAUUACGAAUCCCUCUUUUCUCUUUUCGAGACCCAGUGGUCUCAUGAGCGAUACCAGCGUCUUGUCCAAGGGGACUUCGACUUUGAUUCCGUUCAAUUCGGGCAGCUCAUGAUCGCUCUUGGCGAUUCCAAGGUUGAGGAUCUCAUUCACGGUGUGGAUGCCCGCUCAUCGCGUUUUGUCGCACAUCUUCGUGGGCUCCUCUCUGCCCAGGGAUAUCCUGUCAGCGAGGACAAGAUUUUCGUCCCGGCCCUCGAGUUCUGGUCCACCUAUGUUGAGACAUUAACAGACUGCAUUUACUCGGAGGAAGAGGGCUCAAAGGAAUGGGUCUCUACGGCCACAUCCCACGUUCUGGAAGCUAUAUCGACUGUGUGGCAACGAAUUGCAUACCCACCUGCCAGUGUUCUUGCUGAUUGGGAUUCGGUUGACCGCGCCGGUUUUGGCGAUGCAAGGAAGGAUGUUGCUGACCUUCUUCAAUCGACCUUUACCGUGACUGGACCUCCCUUAAUCUCAACUUUCGCCAAUCUGACUCUUCAGUCGUUGUCACCAAACUCUUCGUCUGAUCUUGAAGCUGCAACGUUCUGUCUUGGAUCCCUCGCCGAUUGCGUAACUGGAGAUGCCAGGUGCGACGAAAGCCUCAGAGCUGUUUUCUCCUCACCACUAUUCGACCUUCUUCAGACAUCGGGUUCGUCUAUGCCAGGUCGCACUCGCCAGACCUGUAUAUCCCUGAUUGAAAGAUACUCCGAUUACUUUGAGCGCGAGACCCAAAGCCUUCCAGCUGCACUGAAUCUGCUCUUCUCUGUCCUUGCAGAUCCCUUACUAGCUGGGCCGGCCGCCAAAUCCAUUUUACAGCUUUGUUCCUCGUCACGCUCCAUCCUGGCAUCGGAGGCAAGCGCAUUCCUCAGUCAAUAUGAGGGUAUUGCCGCACAAAGUCAGCUGGACUGUCUGGCUGUUGAGCGAAUCAUGGGAGCCAUAGCCGCUGUCAUCCAAGCCGUCCCAGAUGAGAGCACCAAGUUCGACCAUAUUAACUUCUUACUCUCGUUCGUCCAGAAAGAUGCUCGCUUGUCAAUGCAUCUAUUGUCCUUGCCCAGACUCCAGAGCGACGCAUCAGGCAGCGGAACAGACAUUCAUCGCUGCCCGACGCUAGGCGAUCCGUCGGAACUUCCCCUGCACAUGGCCUUGAAAGCUCUGAGAUGCCUCAUAGGCAUUGGUAAAGGUCUACAGGCUCCGGGCGACGUGCCUUUCGACCUGGACAGUGAGAAGGAUAUCCCGGCGACCGACAGCUCCUCCAGACUCGGCCAUUUGCAGUCUGGAAUCAUGUCAAUGAUAGUACAGCUUCAGAGAGCGUUCCCACAGAGCGACGAAAUUUCCGAGAGCAUUUGCACCAUUUUCCGAUCGGGGUUUUCCGAGUCGGACGCUGGCCCAUUCGUUUUCCCUCCAGGGCUGAGCGGUGAUGUGGAUGAAGUAAGGACGAAACUUCUCCGAUGGGUCAUUACUUUACUACAGCAACAACCAGAGCCAGAUAAUGAUGUAGAGUUGGCGCAGAACGGCAUUGAAUUUACGAACCGCUUGAUCUCGCGGGAGCCUGCGUCGCUUUUCCGACCGGAUUGCCUUCCUCUUACGGAGUUUUUCUUCAUCUACGCCUUGCGGAUCCUAGAUGGGCGCGAGCCACUACCCAAAGCUGCAGCUGCGGAUUUCUGGGCCACGUUCAUGGCUCUGAAGCCCGCAGAUGCGACGAUAGAUCACGCGAUAGCUCAGUUAGGCCCAUUGCUCGCCCAGUCCAUCGUUCGUAACAUCGGCGGAACUGCCUCAAGGAGCGAACUCGACAGAUUAAGUGAGCCUCUGAAAAAGAUGGUCAGCAAUCAAGCCAAAGCUCGUAAUUGGCUCGAGCAAGCUUUGUCGGACCCAUCAUUCCCAAGCCAGCAGCUAGCUGGCGAUGAAAAAGCGGUUUUUCUUAAGAAAAUCAUGAAUCUUCGUGGAGCGAGGGGUACCAAUCAGGUGGUGCGAGACUUUUGGCUUGCUGCGCGAGGCUCAAACUUCGCCUAUGCCUCGUGA